GUGACGUUUAACACACGGAAGUGAACUUGUAGACAUGUUAUGGUUCAAAUGCGACGAAAUAAUUCCAGGAGUAGCAAUUGCUGUUGGUUUUAUUGCCAUUUGUCUUGGAGGAUUUUUUCUGUCUUACGAAUACGACCCUAUUGUUAAUGUAGAAAUCCUUUGCAGCAUGGCAGAGGAAGGGGAAAACCAGCGUGAUAUUUUCCGUCAAGCCGGCAAAACAGCAGUUAUACUUGGACAUACUGGAGAAACUGGUAGAGUCCUUGUGAAAUUGCUUGCUCAAGAAAAAUUAUUUAAAAAAGUCACACUUAUUGGUCGGAGGGAAAUUCCUUUAGACAAAGAGGUUGUUGGCCCAGAAUUUGAACAGAAAGUUGUUGACUUUGAAAAACUAGAUGAUUAUGAAGAAGAUUUUAAAGGGCAUGAUGUAGGAUUUUGGUGUCUUGGAACAACCAAAGCAAAAUCAGGAGAGGAAGGAUUUAAGCGUGUUGACUAUGACUAUGUGUUGAAGACGGCAGAGUUGGCAAAAUCUGGUGGAAUGAAACAUCUUCAGUUUAUGUCUACACAUUCAGCUGAUCAUACCAGUAGUUUACUUUAUACUAGAACAAAGGGUCAAGUUGAAGAAGCCUUAAAAGUGAUGCAUUUUGAGAGAUUAUCCAUCUUAAGACCAGCAGUGUUGAUGGUUGACAGACAAGAAAGUAGAAAAAUGGAGGCCUUUGCUCGAUUUGUACUCACCCCAGUGUCUAAACUGUUCCCCACAGCAAUUACUGUGCCAAUAGAGUAUGUUGCCACGGCAAUGAUAAACAUUGCUGUAUCAACAACUGAUAAAAACUGUGAAACUUUUGAAAACAAGGAGAUACAUGUUCUUUCAGGGAAAAGUCCAAUUUGCCAGAAAAAGGAGAAAACUAAAACAAAAUAAAAACUGAGGAACUAUGUUAUCUGUCAAUAAGUACCUUAUUUUA